AUGAAUAAUAUUAACCAAACGAAAAGCCCAAGAGUACCAGAAGAAUUAAGGGUUCUAUUUGGUGAAGUAAACGUAGGAAAAUACUGUAAAAGGCAUAGUGUUUCACCAGAAGAAUUCCAAAAGAUUCGCUGUCAAACCAUUGAGCGAAACAAAGUUCUGCCAAAAAAUGGCCUUGAUAUGUUAAAUGAGUUGAAGGCACGUGAUUCCAUAGAUGAAUUAUUAGGUGGUGGAUUACAACCUGGUGAUAUUACGGAUAUUAGCGGAGAAUCUACUGCUGGAAAAACUCGGCUUUGUUACUCUGCACUAAUAUCAAUAACAUGUUUGAAUAAAGAAAACACAGCCUUGCUCAUUGAUACAAAGAAUGGGUCAUGCGCAAAUUAUAUUAGAACUUUAUUUUUGGAGAGCGAUCAAUUCGCAGAUGCAAGAGAACGAGGAAUGGAUGCUGAUAGCAUAUCUGAUAGAAUCCACAUUCAGAAGGGCUGUAUAUAUGAGGAUGAUCUAUUGAAUGUAAUCGAGGAUCUGAAUCUACAGUUUCAGCAAAAGAUUACCAAUUCGGUUCAAAAUGCUCGUCCAUAUGACCAUAAACCAGUUUUUUCAAUAAAUAAAAAACCAGCUCUCGGCCAAACAUGGACUUACCUUACUGAUAUAACUUUAUUCCUUUCUUUGGGUGACGAUUUAGAUCAACGCGUGUAUAUUAAUCGUCAAGGAUGUGAAAUUCUAGGGGGUUAUACCGAGUUCUUCUCUGAGUUUGCCGCUAUUUAA